GCUGGCUGUUUUAAUAAAAACUUUCGCGAGCACGGCACAGUUCGAGUAUCAAUACAAGCUGCUUGCCCCUCCGAACCCUUCGCGCUUGCAAAAUGAAGCAUUUUCCGAAUCAGUAAAGUUUCCAGCCAGAAGAAGGUAGCGUUGUUGCACGGUGAUGGUUGGGAAAAGAGUUGGGUGGUGAAUUAAAAUGUGUGUUUGUUGCGAUUCAAGACUCUCCGGAUCGCGUUAAGGCGUACAAGGAAGAUGAAUACUAACGCGGGGCCGAACUCGCUGGGAGCUUCCGGCUCGGGAGCGUUGUACGGUGGCGCGGAUUCCUCCGCCCAGAUGCUGCAGGUGCUAGCGUCGAGCAAUGUGAUGCCGGGCUAUCAAAACAUGAACAAGGAUCAGGUUGACUGGGGCCUGCUGGCCCAGCAGUGGAUACGGAUGCGCGAGUGGUCGCAGCCAGUCAACGAUUUCGUGCCAACACCGCCACCGCCACCAAGCUUUCACGACACUGCCGACCUUGGUGUGUCUGAUUGCGGGCAAGGCGACGGCACGGCGUUCGACGAGCAGGGCGAAGCGCCGAUGGAGGUGGAGAAGGAGGAUGAUAAUCUGGGGGCGGGCUCAUCGCUGAUGUUGCCGGUGGCUGCGCCGCCCGGGCACACCAUCGUCGACCCGACGGCGACGGCAGCCGUCGCGAGCUGGCAGGCCAAGAUGAACCAGUUGUAUCAUAUGAACCUUGCCGGCCAUCAAUCCGCACCGAUAACAGGCUCGACGUUUGCACCGGUCAAUCAGCGUGAUGGCAGCAGUACGGAAUCAAAACAACCUCCUUACCAGCGAAGGAUAGACCGCGAUGUAAAGUUAAUGGCGGAAAGUGUCGGUACGGGCGAACCCGGUCCACCGGUGCUGAACGGCGGAAAGGAUUACGGCGGCGGCGAGUCGGUUACGAUGAACGAGGCCAAACGUAAGCUGCUGCCCGCGUGGAUCCGCGAGGGGCUAGAGAAGAUGGAACGUGAAAAACAGCGACAGCUCGAGCGCGAGCAAGAACGGAGGAUGUGGGAAGAGGAACAGCGGCGACAACGGUCCGCGGAAGAUGAAGCCCUUGCCGACUGGAGUCCCACCAAGCCAGAAACGUCCUCGGCACUACGCAGCCAUGAAGAGGAAGAUGGAACGGAUCCACCAAAUGAGACUUUAAACCAUAAUACAGAAGAACCAGCGUUGGUAACCGAUAGUAUAGAAGAUGACGACGAAAUAUGGGCGACCUUUGUGCGAACCACGAUGACGGACAUUUUGUCGAAAGUGACGGGAAAUUUAAUUGUCGCUUGCGUCACGGCAACGAUCAACAAAUCGAAAAAGCGCAAGGCCAAACAAGUGCAGUCGAAGCAAGUGAAACCAGGGUUGGUAACCUGCACCGGUGCGCUGGGUCUCGGUAUCUAUGGCGAUAGCGACGACGAGGACGAAGACGACGAGGAAGAAUCCGCCGGUAAAGAGGCAGUCAGUGGCGGCGAUUCGCAAGGAGACGAGUCCACGGAUGACGAUCUUUCCGAUUCGGCUGCAGUGCAGAAGCUCGAGGAAACGAUUCGCCGGAAGCAUCGUGAUUUCGUGCAUACGGCUCGCGACGUUGAGCAGUGGAUAAGCAGCGUGCAGCUAAGCCCCCGGCAAAAGCCCGCAGACUCAGAAGGGGCCGACGGGAUGCAGCAUACGACGGUGCACCUGCCGGGCGACCAAGACGAUGAACAUCGCGCGCCCGGCAUCGGUCGGGACGAGUUGGCUGGCUACGGUGGCCGGUCGGCGGCGAGCUCGAACGGUGACGUCGGUUCGAAAAGUGGUUCUGCCCGCCUGUCCGGCAGCACAAGAGACGGUGAGACCCAGCCUGUAAAUGAUAAACUAUAUGCAAGCCAGCAGUUCGGAGGGCGCAGGCGGCUUGAGAAACGCGUGUCGCGCUUCAGCGAGCUGCAGGAGCCGCGGGCUCGGCUGCCCCUCAAUCCACCGCCCGUGCCUCCGGUCAUGACGUACAAGCUGGGCGCGCUCAGCUCGCAUCCAUCCGAUCAGUCCGCUAGCGUCGGCAAAGGGCAGCCCGGGGACGCGACCAAGCGCGCUGCGCACAACCCGGCGGAUGUCCUGCUGCUGAAGGCGAACCAAAGGCUGGCACAACAGCAGCGACAGCAUCAUCCGGCCGGUGGUGGUGUGGUGCCACCAGCCCCACCAGUGCUAACCGCUUCCGAUGUCGAAGGUGCCCACGGGUUGGCGGUGGGGGGUGGUUCCGGGAGUGCGGAGAAAAAUGCCAACCGCUACCUUGCGUCGCUGCAGUCGCUGGCGAAAGCGAGCGAGCCCAAGAAAGAUGGCGACCACCUGGGCGGUGAGGAUAAGGCGGCGCAUAAAAGCGAACCGAAGGAAAGCCGCCGGAGUGACAGUGGCCGAUCCGGUUCGCGCCAGCACGAGCAGCGCAAGUCGCACGCGCAUCGAGAGCGGUCGGAAAGGGAGCAGCGCCACCGUCAGGACUACUACCAUCGGCAGCGGUCGCGCUCGAAGUCGUCCCGCUCGUACACGCGCAGCCCGCACUCGGUGUCCCGCUCAACCCGCUCCCGGUCGUCCCGAUCGCGGUCGCGCUCCAAGUCGCACCGGGCCGACCAUUCCUCCAGCGCACGGCACCACCGCCACCGGUCCGACCGCAGUCGGCGCCACCAUUCACGCAGCUGGUCCCGAAGCUCCUACUCCAGCUCCCGCUCGACCUCGAGUUCGCGGUCCAGCGUCAGCCAAGAACGCUCGCGGUCGACCGAACGGCGUCGCGAUGCGCCCGGUUCCAAACUGUUCACCCGCCGACCGGAGUAACGGUGCCCUCUUCCUCCCCCCCCUCCGCCAAGAAGGCCCCUUUUGCUCACAUUGUGAAACCUAUUUUUCAUUUCAUCGUCGGGCAGCAAGUGGGUGAUGUUAACCGUUAUCUACCGUUUUUAGGUUCGAGCUGCAGUCACCAUCCAGGGUUUACCAUUGGAUAGGACAACAACAAGCAGAUGAUAGCACAAACGCAGCAGAUGCCCGCUCAGUCAGACGCUCUCCUCAGCGCGAACAAAAAAACACCCUCGUUUUUGUAUGGCCCGGGGCCUUCCGAAACAAAAUUAGGAGAUUUUUAAUGCACUCGAGCUGUUUAUCGAGCAGAAUUGCUGUUUUGAGCUCCUAAUUUUGUUUCGCUGAAACCUCUUCCCAUACAAAAAUGAGGAGUUUUUUUUGUUUUGAAAGCGUUAGGAAAUGUCUAGCGGGUGAUAAAACAAUCGUGUCAGAGAACAGGACAAGUGAGGCAGGUAUACCACAAUCGAGGCAACAGAUUUGUACGAUUUUGUACUUCGCUGACCCCAUCAUACCGGGUUGUGCUAUCAUCUGCCCCGAUUGUGUUAUACCUGCUUCAUCUGUCUUGGCAUCUGUUGCG